AUGAGCUCAGGCUACGACUUCCACCCUUCGGAAACAAACAACGACCUACCUCGUCCAAAACAUAUAAGACGCUUCACUGGGUUCUCUCCUGCUGAAAUAAAGACUAUUGAUUCAGUCAUCCCUUUAAAAUCAAGAGAAACUUGGAAAAAAUUUGCUGUGGAAAAUUUCUCAACAAAGGAAACUUUUGAAAAAGAUUUCGUUAGACAUGUCGAAACUACUUUAGCUAGAUCUUUAUACAAUUGUGAUGAAUUGGCUGCUUAUCAAGCAACUUCAAAUUCAAUCCGUGAUAAUUUAAUCACUGAUUGGAACAAGACCCAACAAAAGCAAACCACAAAGGAUCAAAAAAGAGUUUAUUACCUAUCUUUAGAAUUCUUGAUGGGUCGUGCCCUAGAUAACGCCUUGAUUAAUACAAACACUAGAGAGUUAGUUUCUGAUUCUGUUGAUGAAUUGGGGUUCAAUCUUGAAGAUUUGAUUCAACAAGAACCUGAUGCCGCCCUAGGAAAUGGUGGGUUGGGGAGAUUAGCUGCUUGCUUUGUUGAUUCUUUAUCCACUGGGAACUAUCCAGCUUGGGGGUAUGGGCUAAGAUAUCAAUAUGGGAUUUUCGCUCAAAAAAUCAUUGAUGGGUAUCAAGUGGAAACUCCUGAUUAUUGGUUAAAAUUUUCAAACCCUUGGGAAAUCCCAAGAAAGGAGAUUCAAAUCCCUGUGGAUUUUUAUGGUUAUGUGGAACAUUCCUCUGAUGAUAAUGGUGUCAAGAAAUCAAAUUGGAUUGGUGGAGAACGUGUGUUGGCUGUUGCUUAUGAUUUCCCAACUCCUGGUUACAAGACUAAUAACGUUAAUAAUUUGAGAUUAUGGAGCGCUGAACCAACUACUGAAUUUGAUUUUAGUAAAUUCAAUGCAGGUGAUUAUCAAAACUCGGUCGCUGGUCAACAAAGAGCUGAAUCAAUAACUGCUGUCUUGUAUCCAAAUGAUAAUUUUGAUUCAGGAAAGGAAUUACGUUUAAAACAACAAUAUUUCUGGGUUAGUGCUUCAUUACAUGAUAUUAUUAGAAGAUUUAAAAAGACUAAAAGACCAUGGAGUGAAUUUAGUGAUCAAAUUGCUAUCCAAUUGAAUGAUACUCAUCCAACUUUGGCAAUUGUGGAAUUACAAAGAGUCUUGGUUGAUUUGGAAGGAUUAUCAUGGGAUGAAUCUUGGGAAAUUGUCACUUCCACGUUUGGUUAUACAAACCAUACAGUUAUGACUGAAGCUUUAGAAAAAUGGCCAGUUGAAUUAUUUCAAAAAUUAUUACCAAGACAUUUGGAAAUCAUUUAUGAUAUUAAUUUAUUCUUUUUGCAAUUUGUUGAAAAGAAAUUUCCAAAAGAUCGUGAUUUAUUAUCAAGAGUUUCCAUCAUUGAAGAAUCUUCACCAAGACAAGUUAGAAUGGCGUAUUUAGCCAUUAUCGGUUCUCAUAAAGUUAAUGGUGUUGCAGAAUUACAUUCAGAAUUGAUUAGAACUACAAUUUUUAAAGAUUUUGUCAAGAUUUAUGGUUCUUCAAAAUUUACAAAUGUUACAAAUGGUAUCACUCCAAGAAGAUGGUUAAGACAAGCUAAUCCUAAAUUGGCUGAAUUGAUUGCUUCAAAAUUAGGUGGUGAUCAUUAUCUAAGUAAUUUAAAUGAAUUGAAAAAUUUGGAACAAUUUGCAGAAGAUGAAGAAUUUCAAAAAGCUUGGUUUGAUAUUAAAUUGGAUAAUAAAAAAAGAUUAAGUGCAUUAAUUAAAACACUUACCGGGGUGGAGAUUAAAAACCCAAAUGUUUUGUUUGAUAUCCAAGUUAAAAGAAUCCAUGAAUAUAAACGUCAACAAUUAAAUAUCCUUGGUGUUAUUAGUCGUUAUAUCAAGAUUAAAAAUUCUUCAAAAGAGGAACGUGCCAAAAUCUUGCCAAAAGUUGUUAUCUUUGGUGGGAAAUCCGCACCAGGUUAUUAUGCUGCGAAAUUGAUUAUUAAAUUGAUUAAUUCAGUUGGUGAAGUUAUUAAUAAUGAUGAAGAUGUUGGAGAUUUACUAAAAGCUGUCUUUAUCCCAGAUUAUAACGUUUCAAAAGCUGAACAAAUCAUUCCAGCUUCUGAUUUAUCAGAACAUAUCUCCACAGCAGGGACCGAAGCCUCUGGUACUUCAAACAUGAAAUUCGUCAUGAAUGGUGGAUUAAUUAUUGGUACUGUUGAUGGUGCAAAUGUGGAAAUCACUAGAGAAAUUGGUGAGGAUAACAUUUUCCUUUUCGGUCAUUUAGCUGAAAAUGUUGAAGAUAUUAGAUAUGAGCAUAGAUAUGGUGGUUACAAGAUUCCAGAUUCUUUGGAACAAGUUUUCAAAUUGAUUGAGUCUGGUAAGUUUGGUGAUUAUAAUGAAUAUAGAUCAUUAGUUGAUUCUAUUAAAUAUCAUGGGGAUCAUUAUUUGGUUGGUGAUGAUUUUGAAUCUUAUUUACAAGCUCAUGAAUUGGUUGAUCAAGCUUAUUUGGACCAAAAAGAAUGGUUGAAGAAGUCUAUUUUGAGUGUUGCAAAUUCAGGGUUUUUCAGUUCUGAUAGAGCUAUUGAUGAAUAUGCUGAAUCUAUUUGGAAUAUUGAAUCAAUUCAAGAAUAG